GAGAGACAGAAACAGAGAGACAGAAACAGAGAGACAGAGAGACAGAAACAGAGAGACAGAGAGACAGAGACAGAGAGACAGAAACAGACAGACAGAGAGACAGAAACAGAGAGACAGAAACAGAGACAGAAACAGAGAGACAGAGAGACAGAGAGACAGAAACAGAGAGACAGAGAGACAGAAACAGAGAGACAGAAACAGAGAGACAGAGAGACAGAGAGACAGAAACAGAGAGACAGAAACAGAGAGACAGAGAGACAGAAACAGAGAGACAGAGAGACAGAAACAGAGAGACAGAAACAGAGAGACAGAGAGACAGAGAGACAGAAACAGAGAGACAGAAACAGAGAGACAGAAACAGAGAGACAGAAACAGAGAGACAGAGAGACAGAGAGACAGAAACAGAGAGACAGAAACAGAGAGACAGAGAAGCAGAGAGACAGAGAGACAGAGAGACAGAAACAGAGAGACAGAAACAGAGAGACAGAAACAGAGAGACAGAAACAGAGAGACAGAAACAGAGAGACAGAGAGACAGAAACAGAGAGACAGAGAGACAGAGACAGAGAGACAGAAACAGACAGACAGAGAGACAGAAACAGAGAGACAGAAACAGAGACAGAAACAGAGAGACAGAGAGACAGAGAGACAGAAACAGAGAGACAGAAACAGAGAGACAAACAGAGAGACAGAAACAGAGAGACAGAGAGACAGAAACAGAGAGACAGAGAGACAGAAACAGAGAGACAGAAACAGAGAGACAGAGAGACAGAGAGACAGAAACAGAGAGACAGAGAGACAGAAACAGAGAGACAGAAACAGAGAGACAGAAACAGAGAGACAGAGAGACAGAGAGACAGAGAGACAGAAACAGAGAGACAGAAACAGAGAGACAGAAACAGAGAGACAGAGAGACAGAGAGACAGAAAUAGAGAGACAGAGAGACAGAGACAGAGAGACAGAAACAGACAGACAGAGAGACAGAAACAGAGAGACAGAAACAGAGAGACAGAAACAGGAGACAGAAACAGAGAGACAGAGAGACAGAAACAGAGAGACAGAGAGACAGAAACAGAGAGACAGAAACAGAGAGACAGAAACAGAGAGACAGAGAGACAGAGAGACAGAGAGACAGAGAGACAGAGAGACAGAAACAGAGAGACAGAAACAGAGAGACAGAAACAGAGAGACAGAGAGACAGAGAGACAGAAACAGAGACAGAGACAGAGAGACAGAAACAGAGAGACAG